CGUACAUGUUGUGCCCGCGUCCGUAUUCGUGUCUGUGCUGUGAGCGCGUAGCCACCGUGUUCGUCAUAAACGCUGUUUACACACGUUUUUGCCCAUCGUAGCUGACGUAGCUGUAGUCACGGCACAUGUCGCGUUGUGCCGCACAUUUUUGCGUGAAUAAUUUAUUACAACACAAAGGAAAUAUUAACACACGUGUGACGGAAGUGCCACGAGUUUAGUGCAAGCGCCUGGGCGCCUAUGUGACAGAAAGUGCCCGCGCACCGUUAACUAAUUAGCCAACGCCGUCAAUCGUCGCAGACAUUUCGUGGUGCGUUGAAGCGUGUGUCUAUUGUUUGAGCGGAAAAUAGGAAUAUUGAAGAAAGUUGGCGCCGGUGGUCAUUUGCUAUUUGGCGUGCGUAAUCAGUCUGACAAACACCUCUGUGACGCACAAACACAUACUCACGUGCAUAUAUGUAUAUGUGUGAAAUUCUUAAAGCAUUUCAGUGCUGGCGCUCAGUCAGUCAGCAGUGAAACAGUGUUACUGUGCUGUGGUGAGCUGAGGCAUGUCACAACAUUGAGACAACCGACAUAUACGCUUAUACACACACACACACACAUACAUACAUACGUUGAGUGAAGCAGUGGAGCGUGCAUGUGCUUUACGGUCGAAGUGAUUUAAUUGAUUCCAUGCCAUUCAAUUCGGUGCCAUACAAUGCUACAAGAUAAUUCGUUUGCAAUUCAAUUUAUUUCUGUCUGUGGUGAAAAUUGUUGUUGCGCUGCGGAUGAGCAAUAAAUUGACAAAAAGCGAAAGUUGAAAUUGUCUGCAUACAAAGCACACAUACAAACACAGUGGUGUGCAAAACGCCAAAGAGUGAUAUGUGUUUCAAGCAUGUAAGUGUGUGCUCCAGCGUUGUGGUACAUAUGGAAUAUAAAUAAUAUACAAACAUACAUACUGUGUGUGUGCAAUGGACAGUGCUGGUGUUUGGCUUAGUUUGGAGCAUAAAAUCUGAAGCAUAUUUAAGCGCCACAAGCCGAUCCAUUUCAUUUAUCCAUAUGCAUUUAAUUGGUACUGUCUACAGUUUGGCUAUCAAAGGGUUGCGAGCUGCUAAAAUGCGACGCCCAAGCGCUGCCUGAGUGGAUUCUGCGAAAUUGUACAACGAUUUAAAAUAAAAAAAACUUUGCUGGCAACGCAAAGUGUUUAAAAAGCGCAAGGAUAACUAAAAAAACAUAGUGAUGUUUAGUGAAAAAGCUUAAGUUAAAAAAAGGAAACGAAUAAAGCAACUCUUGGUGUGCUGCACAGAUUUCUUAGUAUCGACUUAUGCUGUUUUGAAAUUGAAGCAGAUAAACUCGGCGGGCAAAUAAGCAAAUGAACCAUAACAAUAAAUCGCAAGUCCUUUGAGAGAAUGCUAACACGAUAAAACGGCAGCAUAGUGCCAUUGUAGUGGUGCGAAAGCGAACGGGAAGAGUGGACAGCGGAGGCAGCUGCGCAAAUACAAAUAAGAGACGCAAACGUAACGGUAAUGCAGCCAAGCGGCAAAAAAGGCGCAGGCAGUGUUGGAUGACCAAACAAUUCAAAAGUAGAAAAGUGGUGUGGCCGUGUGAAGUGCACAAAUAUAUAAAUAAAUUGUGAAGUGAGUACACACAGACACACGAACAUAUACAUAAAUACAUAUACAUGUGUAAGCAUGCAGCGACAGGCUAAUCCGCCAGGACCAAGAAAAAUUUAUCGAUAAUCGCGGCAAGAACUCCUACAUUAGCUACGCAAAUGAACUGAAAAGGCCAAAGUGUGCAAUGAAAAUACCGAAAAACAAUAAGUAACAACUACAAUAACAACAACGAAAACAUGAACUGAACUAAGAACUAAAACAAAAGUAAAACGGAGUGCGCAAGAAAAGCGGACCAUCGAAUAAAAGUAGUGCAAAUACAGCAAGCGACCAGCAACAAAGUAUAAACACACAGCAACAACACUUGAACGCACCAACGAACACGAAGGCCAUAAAAGUGCCGAAGUGGCAAAGUGGCAGUCAAACUAUGAGCAGUGCGCAAUAAAACUUGAAGUCAGUUUAUUUGUGCGCCUAUCGGCGCAAUCGACAACGGCGCGGGGGUGUGUGUAGAAGUUGAAGUGACGCUUGCAAGCUGUCGCACACACACACACGAACAUUGCUCAAAAGCAAAGUGAGUCAAGCGCACUGAAGUGCCACUGAAAAUUCGUAAAACAUAAAACAAUCGCAAAGCAGGCCGUCUACAAGCGGCGCGCAGGUCUUACGGCCCAUUCAUUCGGUUCAAUAAAACUGUGCAAUAUAAUUUUAUACAAAUAUCUUGUUAUUGUUUCAGUUUUUAUGGCAUAUUAUUUAUGUUCUGUAGAUUUGGCAUUUUCAAAAAGGAAGUGACACAAAUAGACUGUGCAGAAAGAAAAUGAACUAAAACAAAAUAAAAUACAUACACACGCACACACAUUCAAAUAAGUAAAACACAACAAAACGGCAUUGUGCCGACGUGAAAAAUAUUGAAACUGACAGUGGCAGCAUGAUAGUCAUAAGAAAGGCUGACGGCUCUCACAAUAAUUACUUUCACACCAGCAACAAUAACAAUAAUAAUAAUAACAGCGACAACAACAGCAAUAGUAGCAGUAGCAAAAGUAACUACAACAACUGUAAUUUUAAUAAGAAUCACAACAACAAAUCGCUGUUAACCCCACUGCCGGCAGUGCUUGGAAUUUGCGGCAGCUAUUGUUGCAACAGCAGCCUGGUCUGGCAGUUGGUGGCACACAGUUGGUGAGCAGCAGCGCAGUGCAAUGAACUGAGGUGCGGGGGAAUUGACGCCGUUUCCGUGUGAAUAGACAAGAAUUUAGUGCAUAAAUCCGCAAUGCGAAUACAGUCAGUCCCACCAACAACAACAACAACGACAACUAUGUCCAUUACACAAACACAACUGAGUGAGUGCAAUAGUGGCGUCAAGUAGAAAGACGAAGUAAGCCAAAAGAGACACAUACACAUACCAAUACAUAUAUACAAGUUAUUCAAAGGUGCCAAGCAACGUCAUAGCAGAGCGUUAGCUGCGCGGCAGCGUCCAUUAUAAAAAAAAAAGUUUGUGAAAUUGUGAAUCCCGUGAAUCGCGUUUAUUCCUAGGCGCCACAGCAGCGUCAAUAUCAGCAGCAGCAACCACCGCACUUACUAACAUACAUACAUACACAAGCACCGGUAGAGCGACAGACAGCAUGCAUUCGCGGCAGCCAGACGUGCGCGCGCCAAUGUGGCAACAGCUGCUACCAGCUGUCAUUUUCUCGCUGCUUAGCAUAGUACCCCUUCAUGCCGAAGUUGUCGAUUUGACGCCACAAUACAGCGUCUCACCCGCCGUCUUAACCAGCAGCAGCAGCAGCGUCACAGUGGGUGUCACAUCCGCGGCGACAGUGCCAGCCUUCGUGGAACCCUACUUGGAGGGCUAUGCCUCAACAAACGUAACCGCACAGAUCGGCACGCACGCGUAUUUGCCAUGUCGGGUGAAGCAGCUCGGCAACAAAUCAGUGUCCUGGGUGCGCGUGCGUGAUGGUCAUAUACUCACCGUUGACAGAGCCGUCUUCAUUGCAGACCAAAGAUUUCUGGCGCUAAAGCAACCGGACAAAUUCUGGACGCUGCAAAUAAAAUACGUACAAGCAAGAGAUGCGGGCGCCUACGAGUGUCAAGUGUCAACGGAGCCAAAAGUUAGCGCCCGAGUGCACUUGCAAGUGGUUGUGCCACGCACCGAAAUUGUCGGCGGACCAGAACGCUUAGUGAAGGCUGGCAGCACUGUCGUGUUGCGCUGUAUCGUACGCGGUGCCCUGGAGCCGCCCACCUUCAUCAUGUGGUAUCAUAGUACGGAGCAAAUCACCAGUGAUUCAACACGUUAUCGCACACAAGUUGACCGAAAUAUACCCGAAAUCGAAGGCGAUGCCCAUAGUACGACCGGCUCAUUAAUCAUUGAAUCAGCGAAAAAACGUGAUAAUGGCAAUUACACAUGUAGCCCGUCAAAUAGUCCCAGUGUGACUGUGAUGCUCAACGUUAUAAAUGGUGAAUCAUCCGCAUCAGCUGUCACUUCAUCCGCUCCAGUACGAAAAGCGUACACAGCCUGCAUACUGGCCAUGCUCUUCAGUAUCGUUAUAAUUGGUGGACACAACACAUGACAUGUUAAUUUGCAAAAGCAACAAAAACAGCAACAACACGAAGUUGAAGAUGAGAAACAAAAGCGCAUAGAGGAAAAUAAAUCAAUACAGAUUGUACGCAUGCAAAACAAGAUGACAAUGAAAAAUUGCACAAAGAGCACUUUGUGUGCGCAACAACACUUGACUAAAAUAAAAGAAAGAUUGCUGCAACAACAACAACUGUGCGGUUCAGUACAUUAAUGCGUCAGAGAAAAAACUAAAACGAUUUCUUCUUUAACUUGUAAGUUUAUAUAGGCAACCGUAUCCAUAGAUAUUAGAUGCAAAAACAAAAAGAACAACACAUAGACUUAUGUGUGUACAACAAACGGCGGCUAAGCAAACAACAACAAUAAAACAAACAAAAACACACAACUAGCAGUAAAAGAAAUAAACAACCGAGUAGGCUAGGGACUAAGCUGCAUUUGUUGUAGCAGUUGUUGUUGUUGUAGCCGAGUGAAAAAAC